ACAUUAAAUUCUAACCUUUAAUCGCACGCAAUAGCAAACCAGUUUUCCCGUUUUGGUUUUGGUCUCAAGCUAUACUUCCUUCGUUGGUUUCCCUUCACUGUAAGGCGUAUCAAACAAAAAAUGUUUCUAAGAUGAAUCUGGACCGUUCAGCUAAGCACAAAAUUUUUAAAACUGCCCAACCCAAAAUCCAACUUACGAUAGCCGGUUCUCAAUCCAAACGUAUGCUAAGCAUAAAUGAAUUUUUACCGGUACCGCCAGUUUCCUCAUCCAAAAUAAUAUUUCUUACCCCUAUCAUGAAAAUUGUAUUGACAAUCCGUACAAUCUUCUUCAUCUUGUAAAGAAGAAAUUCUCCAACUUUUUUUUUUUUCCAGAUUUUACAAGUUUUUGUUUUACAAAAAGUCUUAACCCGAUCGACUCAGUUUAGAUCUCGUCUCGUUCAACUAGGUUUAACUGGAAAACCCAUAGGUGCUGGAAGAUGACAGACAAGGAGGGAGAAGACAUCAUUUCUCGUGGGAAUGAAUGGGAAGUUGUUUCACUUACAGCAUCAACAUAUGCUGCUGCCCCUGGUCCAAAAGAAGUUGAGUCAAACGAUAAUGACAAGGGCACAUAUGGAGUGGAAGCUGAAACUUCCCGUGCUUUGUUCAUGUCAGGGCAUUUUGUUUUUCCACCAAGUCAGCAUGAGAAUUUGCCCUUGGAAUCUGACAAUGAUAAGAUUAGUGAUGAGCACGGGGAUAAAGAUGUGGUAUCUGAAUUGGCUGCUGGAGAAGAGGGGAGAACUAGUGGCAAGGAUAAUGAAAACUUGACUUUUGAACAACUGACUGUAACAGAUGACUUUCCAGGAAUUUCCUUUUUCAACGAGAAGGGUAAUAGGCCACCCUUUCAUGGUACAGAUUUUGAAGAAGGCACAAAUAUUCCAGGAUUAAAUCUAAUUGAAGAACAAAAUGUGUAUAGUGCUGCCAAGUAUAGUUCUUUCCAAACUGAAACAAAUUUAGUUGGUUCAGCACCAUAUAGUGAGGAGACAGCUAUUCCUGAAUAUGUUGAAACAUCAGAAGAAAACCUUGAUGCUGGGGACUUAACUCUUUCACCAAGGCCUUUGAAAGAUGACAAACGUGAUGGUUCUGGACUUCCAUGUGAAGCUUGGUGGAAAAGAGGAGCUGCAUCUUUAUAUUCUCAAGCAAAAGAAGCAAAUACAUUCUGGUCUAUCUUUGUUGCAGCAGCUGUUAUGGGCCUUGUAAUUCUGGGGCAGCAUUGGCAGCAAGAAAGAUGGCAGGCUCUGCAACUUAAGUGGAAGUUCAGCCUUAAUAGUGAGAGGGCAAGCAGAGUGUUUGGUCCCAUUUCUCGACUAAAAGAUGUGAUUGUGGGAGGUCACCGCCGUGGAUCCCUCAUUAGAGGCAGCACAUCAAGUGAGAAUUAAGAUGUUGACAUCGUCCCCAAGAGAAGGGGUCAACAUUUCAGGUAAGACUUUUCUAGAUGAUGACGAAAAAUAUAAGAGGCAAUUGGGAGAUAUGUUUGGAUGUGAUAUCUCUCUAGUUUGCUGCAGUGUGGUAUGCAUUUUUCUUCUUUUCUUUCGUAAAGUUCCUCCAUCGAACCCUUAAAAAAGAAAGAAAAAAAGAAAGCUUGAUAUUGUAGUUUAUUUAUCUGCUGUUGUAUUUCUCCGAAUUUGUAUCUGUAUAGAUAUUCAGUGCUGGCAUUUACUCAUUUGUUUAUCCAUGUAAUAUGGUUCUGCUCCUUCAUACGGUGUAUAGUGUGAUCAAAGCUCCAAAGCUUCAUAUCAUUGACAACUUUGUAGGCUUAAAAGAAAUUUAUUUGUGCACAGUGCUAGUGAAAUGGUUGUUGGGUUGAUGCUUUUUAUGAGCUGAUCAUCUAAACUAUACUAGAUAGUGAUUAUUGCAUCCCUAAAAACUGAAUGUUGCUAUGUUAUAAGGAAAAAGUUUUUUUGUAUGUAA